AACAGAACCAAUUCCGCACUCGAAAACUUCCGCACAGAGCACAGAAGAAACAGUUAUACUGGAGAGAGAAAAUUUGGAGCUAGGAUUUCGGUUGGCGAGAUAGUGCGAGAAAAUGGCGAGAAGCGUGGAGGGGGAGGGGGAGGGAGAGAACUCGCAGCGAGGAGGUACCAGUGGGACUAAUAACGGCAUCAGAGUCAGGGCGAGGCCGGAUGCUUUCCUGAUCGUCUGCCGAUGCUUCAGCUUCGUAACGUCGGUGGCCGCCUUCCUUUGCAUUGCCGUUAAUGUCUACGCUGCCGUCGUUUCGUUCAAAGACGGAUCCGAUAUAUUUGACGGGAUAUUUCGGUGCUAUGCGGUUGUGAUUGCGUUGUUUGUUGUUGUUGCUGAGACUGAAUGGGGAUUCGUCAUCAAGUUCUUCAAGGUGUUGGAGUAUUGGGUGGGGAGGGGUAUGCUGCAGAUUUUCGUUGCAGUGAUGACAAAAGCUUACCCUGAGGACGCUAAUGAUCAGACGGUGCUCGUUCUUCUCCAAAACAUAGCAAGCUACAUGCUUCUUGCUUGUGGUGUUGUUUACAUUAUUUCGGGAAUUUUAUGCAUUGGCCUUCUCAAACGUGCUCGCCAGAAGAAAGAAGUUUCAAGGGAUCAAGCUGUUAAGGAUUUGCAAGAGUUAGAGAGGCGUAGAGAGGAACUAGAAGCUUUGUUAAUAGUUGAAGAAAGAGCUUGAGACAGCGACAAAGGGUUUUACCCGUAGGCCAUCACACUUCCGAGCUUGAACUUGAAGACUACAAAAUUGAGUUUUUCACCACGGUCACGAAUUUUCUCUUCUUGUGUAGGUUCAUUUCUUCUGAUCGAGUGUAGUUUUUUUGGAGACUUUGUACCUUGACGGGGCGAAUUCAUUUUGAGAUCGCGUAGAAUUGUGAAAAAUGCCUCGGUAGUUGUGAAUGCUCGAAUAGUGCUCGACUCAUUGUACUUGUAUUUAGAGAGAGGAUAUCAGAUAUCAUUUGUCAACUGAACCAUUUUUGUUCCUCAAUUCAUCGUGAUUCAUAUUCCACCA